CUCAUAAAGUAAGCUCUCCUCAUUCACACACCGAUCAUACUGCAUUAGACCUCAGUGUUUGACAGGAGGGAGGUAAACUUCCUUUCACUGCAACAAGAGAAUGAAGAACAGGGCGUUGAUAGUGUCUGUGGAGAACUUCUGCUCAGAUGCUGAUCUGAACAAGAGGAACGGUGUGAAGAGAGACACUAGAAGACUUCACAAAAUCCUCACCAAUCUCGGCUUCUCUGUGGACAUCAGAACGGACAUCGACGCAAAUCAGAUCUAUGAAGCAUUUAAAGCAGAGAGCAAGACGACGGUUAAAGACUGUUUUGUGGGCGUCAUAUCCAGUCACGGUGAGGAGGGUGUUGUGUUUGGCGCUGACGGGCGUGCCGUGAAACUGGCCAAGAUCUACAGUUACUUCAGAGGCCCAUCAAUGGCAGAAAAGAGCAAAUUCUUCCUCAUCCAGGCUUGUCGAGGGCGUGUGUUGGAUGGAGGUGCGGAGAUGGAGGCAGAUUCUUCAUUCUCAGAGGAAGAGGACUGCAUGUCUGAGCUCUUUUCCAUUCCUAGUGACACAGCAGUCAUGUACGCCACAUCUCCAGGUUACGGUGCAUUCAUGCAUCCUCUGGGCUCGGUGUUGAUUCAAACCCUCUGUGAUUUGCUAGAAAAGGAAGGAGGUCCAGAUCUGGAGAUCACAAGACUUCUGACUCGACUGAACUACCAGGUGGCCUACAACUUUGAAUCCAGAGGGAGACUGUUGGGCGGCAAAAAGCAGAUGCCAUGUUUUGUGACCCGCUUCACCAGAGAGGUUUUCCCAUUUGGACAACCAGCAGCAGAUGAUCUGAGCUUGACCUUCACAGCAGCGCAGCUUAUCGAUGAACCCAGAAGGUCACGGAAGAGCUCCAUCAGAACAGAGACUGACUGACUCAUCUUAACUCUUCUAUAACAUCUCUCACAGUAUCUCACAGGAGACUGAUAAUGAAUCACAUAAAGUUUCGUGUACAGCAGGAAGUGAGCGGCUGGGAAAGUUGCAGGAUGUGAUGUGCUCUCUUAGCAUUCCAUUGAUGUUUUUUUUUGCUAGAGCUACCUCAUUAUGUAUAUAUUCUACUUAUUCUUAAUGUACACUACUGUUCAAAAGUUUUAGGUCAUUAAAAUUUUUUAUUGCUUUUGAAAGAAAAGUCUCUUCUGCUCACCAA